UCCUGCUUCAUUUUCUUCAUCAAGGAUGUCAGAAGCUCAAAGGAGAUUGAUUUCAACUGUUAGUAUUCCUCGUACUAAUGGGUACGUAAAUGGGGGACUAUCAAUCAGGUCCCCUGCUGCGGCACCUGCAGUUGAGGAGUUCUGCUAUGCCCUUGGUGGGAAGAAGCCAAUCCAUAGCAUUUUAAUAGCAAACAAUGGAAUGGCAGCAGUCAAGUUUAUACGUAGUGUGAGGACAUGGGCUUAUGAAACAUUUGGCACAGAAAAGGCUGUUUUGUUGGUGGCCAUGGCCACACCAGAAGACAUGAGAAUCAAUGCAGAACACAUUAGAAUUGCUGAUCAGUUUGUGGAAGUUCCUGGUGGAACUAACAAUAAUAACUAUGCCAAUGUGCAGCUCAUUGUAGAGAUGGCAGAGAUAACACAUGUUGAUGCAGUGUGGCCUGGUUGGGGCCAUGCAUCUGAGAUCCCUGAGCUUCCAGAUGCAUUGACUGCUAAGGGCAUAAUAUUUCUUGGGCCACCAGCUGUCUCUAUGGCAGCAUUAGGAGAUAAAAUCGGUUCAUCAUUAAUUGCUCAAUCUGCUGAAGUACCUACCCUUCCAUGGAGCGGAUCACAUGUGAAAAUUCCUUCAGAGAGCUGCCUGGUUACAAUCCCAGAUGAAAUAUAUAGGGAAGCAUGCGUUUACACAACAGAGGAAGCAAUUGCAAGUUGUCAGGUUGUUGGUUACCCGGCCAUGAUUAAGGCAUCAUGGGGUGGUGGUGGUAAAGGCAUAAGAAAGGUCCAUAAUGAUGAUGAAGUUAGGGCAUUGUUCAAGCAAGUCCAGGGUGAAGUUCCUGGAUCUCCCAUAUUCAUAAUGAAAGUCGCGUCCCAGAGCCGACAUUUAGAAGUCCAGUUACUAUGUGAUCAGCAUGGAAAUGUUGCAGCUUUGCACAGUCGUGAUUGCAGUGUUCAAAGGCGGCACCAGAAGAUUAUUGAGGAGGGUCCAAUAACUGUAGCUCCACCAGAGACAAUUAAAAAGUUGGAGCAGUCAGCUCGAAGGUUGGCUAAAUGUGUUAAUUAUGUUGGAGCAGCAACUGUUGAGUAUUUGUACAGUAUGGACACUGGCGAGUACUAUUUCUUAGAGUUGAACCCUCGGUUGCAGGUGGAGCACCCAGUCACUGAGUGGAUAGCAGAAAUAAAUCUGCCAGCAGCCCAAGUUGCAGUUGGGAUGGGCAUUCCUCUCUGGCAAAUUCCUGAGAUAAGGCGGUUCUAUGGAAUGGAACAUGGUAGUGGAUAUGAUGCGUGGAGAAAGACGUCGGUUGUUGCCACCCCGUUUGACUUUGACAAGGCAGAAUCUACAAGGCCAAAGGGCCAUUGUGUUGCUGUGCGUGUAACAAGUGAGGAUCCAGAUGAUGGCUUUAAACCUACUAGUGGGAAAGUUCAGGAGCUGAGUUUCAAAAGCAAGCCAAAUGUUUGGGCAUACUUUUCUGUUAAGUCUGGAGGGGGGAUUCAUGAGUUCUCAGAUUCUCAGUUUGGACAUGUUUUUGCAUUUGGAGAGUCUCGAGCUCUAGCUAUUGCAAAUAUGGUUCUUGGGCUGAAGGAAAUUCAAAUUCGAGGAGAAAUUCGAACAAAUGUGGAUUAUUCAAUUGAUCUUUUACAUGCUUCAGAUUACAGAGAAAAUAAAAUCCACACAGGUUGGUUGGAUAGUAGAAUUGCUAUGCGAGUUAGAACUGAAAGGCCUCCUUGGUAUCUGUCUGUAAUUGGAGGGACUCUUUCUAAAGCAUCUGCUAGUAGUGCGGCGAUGGUUUCAGAUUAUAUUGGCUAUCUUGAGAAGGGGCAAAUCCCACCUAAGCAUAUAUCAUUUGUCCAUUCACAAGUGUCUUUGAACAUCGAGGGGAGCAAAUACACGAUUGAUAUGGUGAGAGGAGGCCCUGGGAACUAUAGAUUGCGGAUGAAUGACUCAGAGGUUGAAGCAGAGAUACAUACUUUACGCGAUGGAGGAUUACUGAUGCAGUUGGAUGGAAACAGUCACAUUAUAUAUGCAGAGGAAGAAGCAGCUGGAACUCGCCUUCUUAUUGAUGGACGGACAUGCUUGCUUCAGAACGAUCAUGAUCCAUCCAAGUUAAUAGCAGAGACACCAUGCAAGCUGUUGAGGUUCUUGGUUGCUGAUGAUAGUCAUGUCGAUGCUGAUACACCAUAUGCGGAGGUUGAGGUUAUGAAGAUGUGUAUGCCUCUACUUUCACCUGCUUCAGGAGUUAUCCACUUUCAAUUGUCUGAAGGCCAGGCAAUGCAGGCUGGUGAACUUAUUGCAAGGCUUGAUUUAGAUGACCCUUCGGCUGUAAGAAAGGCAGAACCUUUCCAUGGAAGCUUCCCUGUCCUGGGGCCUCCAACUGCAAUUUCUGGUAAAGUUCAUCAGAGAUGUGCUGCAAGCUUAAACGCAGCCCGAAUGAUUCUUGCUGGUUAUGAGCAUAACAUUGAUGAAGUAGUGCAAAACUUGCUCAAUUGCCUAGAUAGUCCCGAACUCCCUUUCCUUCAAUGGCAAGAAUGCUUGGCUGUUUUAGCAACCCGCCUACCCAAGAAUCUGAAAAAUGAACUGGAAUCAAAAUGUAAGGAUUUUGAGCUGAUUUCUAGCUCUCAGAAUGUUGAUUUCCCUGCCAAAUUGUUGCGUAGCGUUCUCGAGGCUCAUCUGUUCUCCUCUCCUGAUAAAGAAAAAGGAGCCCAAGAAAGGCUUGUUGAACCUUUAAUGAGCCUUGUGAAGUCUUAUGAAGGUGGAAGAGAAAGUCAUGCCCGAGUUAUUGUUCAAUCCCUUUUUGAAGAGUAUCUGUCAGUUGAAGAAUUAUUCAGUGACAACAUUCAGGCUGAUGUAAUUGAGCGCCUUCGACUUCAAUAUAAGAAGGAUCUAUUGAAGGUUGUGGAAAUUGUGCUCUCUCAUCAGGGUGUAAAGAAUAAAAAUAAGCUGAUUCUACGACUCAUGGAACAGCUGGUAUACCCCAACCCUGCAGCAUACAGGGAGAAGCUAAUUCGGUUUUCUUCACUUAACCAUACAAAUUAUUCUCAGUUGGCACUAAAAGCGAGUCAGCUGAUGGAGCAAACCAAGUUGAGUGAACUUCGUUCUAGCAUUGCCAGAAGUCUUUCUGAGUUGGAGAUGUUUACUGAGGAUGGUGAAACCAUGGAUACUCCGAAGAGGAAAAGUGCCAUAAAUGAACGAAUGGAGGAUCUUGUGAGUGCACCUUUGGCAGUCGAAGAUGCCCUUGUUGGUCUGUUUGAUCAUGGUGAUCACACCCUUCAGAGGCGGGUUGUCGAAAGUUAUGUACGCCGGUUAUACCAGCCCUACCUUGUAAAGGGGAGUGUCAGGAUGCAGUGGCACAGAUCAGGUCUAAUAGCUUCAUGGGAGUUCUCGGAAGAACCUGUUGAGAGGAAACAUGAGAUUGAAGAUCAAUCAGUUAAUAAAACAUUCCUUCAGAAACACGAGGAGAGGAAAUGGGGAGUCAUGGUUAUAAUAAAAUCUCUUCACUUUCUUCCAGCAAUUAUUAGUGGUGCACUGAAGGAAAUGUCGCAUAACCUUCAUGAAGCAACUCCAAAUGGAUCUACUGAACCAAGUGGCUUUGGUAAUAUGAUGCAUAUUGCUUUGGUUGGCAUCAACAAUCAGAUGAGUCUGCUACAGGAUAGUGGCGACGAGGAUCAGGCUCAAGAGAGAAUUAAGAAGUUAGCCAAAAUACUUAAAGAGCAAGGACUAGCCUCCAGUCUACAUGGUGCAGGUGUCACAGUAAUUAGUUGUAUCAUACAAAGGGAUGAAGGGCGGCCCCCUAUGAGGCACUCCUUCCACUGGUCAUCAGAGAAACUCUAUUUUGAAGAAGAACCCUUAUUGCGUCACCUAGAACCUCCUCUAUCUAUUUAUCUUGAAUUGGACAAGCUUAAGGGCUAUGAGAAUAUCCAGUAUACCCCAUCCCGUGACCGUCAAUGGCACCUGUACACCGUUGUAGACAAGCCGCUACCGAUCCAAAGGAUGUUCCUCAGAACACUUGUAAGGCAGCCCACAACAAAUGAAGGGUUCUCUGGAUUUCAACGGCUAGACAUCGCAACAGCUAGUAACCAAUUGGCUUUAUCAUUUACUUCGAGGAGCAUCUUGAGGUCCUUAUCAACAGCAAUGGAAGAGCUGGAAUUGAAUGCGCACAAUGCCACUGUCAAAUCUGACCACACCCAUAUGUAUCUUUAUAUCUUACGUGAGCAACAAAUUAAUGAUAUGCUGCCUUACCACAAGAGAGUUGAUUUAGAUGCUCAACAAGAAGAAACUGUGGUGGAGGCCAUCCUGGAAGAACUUGCACGUGAAAUCCACGCAUCAGUUGGUGUAAGGAUGCAUAGGUUGGGUGUUUGUGAGUGGGAAGUGAAGUUGUGGAUGGCAUCCUCUGGACAGGCAAACGUUGCUUGGAGGGUUGUCGUGACAAAUGUGACCGGUCAUACCUGCACUGUACAUAUAUAUCGGGAACAAGAAGAUACUAGCAAACAGAGAGUGGUUUACCAUUCAGUCUCUGUGAAGGGUCCCCUGCAUGGUGUACCAGUGAAUGAGCAAUAUCAGCCUUUGGGGAUUAUUGACCGAAAGCGUCUGUUGGCCAGGAGAACUAACACCACUUACUGCUAUGAUUUUCCACUGGCGUUUGAGACGGCCUUGGAACAGUCAUGGGCAUCCCAGUCACCAAGUGUUAACAAACUAAAGGGUAAAAUUCUCAAGGUCACAGAGCUCAAAUUCGCUGACCAAAAAGGCAGCUGGGGUACUCCUCUCAUUACCGUAGAGCGUCCACCUGGACUCAAUGAUGUUGGUAUGAUAGCAUGGUUUAUGGAAAUGUCUACCCCUGAGUUCCCUUCUGGAAGGAAGAUAUUGGUUGUUGCAAAUGAUGUGACCUACAAAGCUGGAUCUUUUGGUCCAAGAGAGGAUGCAUUCUUCUUUGCAGUAACUGAGCUUGCUUGUGCUGAGAAGUUGCCUCUAAUAUACUUGGCAGCAAACUCAGGUGCUCGUAUUGGGGUUGCUGAAGAAGUCAAAUCCUGUUUUAAAGUGGGCUGGUCUGAUGAAUCAAGCCCUGAACGUGGUUUCCAAUAUGUGUAUUUAACCUCUGAGGACUAUGCUCGGAUUGGAUCUUCUGUGAUAGCGCAUGAAAUAAAGCUAUCAAGUGGUGAAACCAGAUGGGUGAUAGAUACCAUUGUCGGAAAGGAGGAUGGCUUGGGGGUUGAGAGCUUGACUGGAAGUGGGGCAAUUGCUGGUGCAUAUUCGAGGGCAUAUAAGGAAACCUUUACCUUAACAUAUGUGACUGGCAGAACUGUAGGUAUAGGUGCUUAUCUUGCAAGGCUUGGGAUGCGGUGCAUACAGAGGCUUGAUCAGCCCAUCAUUUUAACUGGUUUCUCUGCAUUAAACAAACUACUUGGUCGGGAGGUGUACAGCUCCCAUAUGCAACUUGGAGGACCUAAAAUUAUGGGAACUAAUGGGGUUGUCCAUCUAACGGUAGCUGAUGAUCUUGAAGGAAUAUCUGCUAUUCUAAAGUGGCUGAGCUAUGUUCCUCCUCAUGUUGGUGGCCCACUCCCCAUUUCGAUGCCCUUGGAUCCUCCAGAAAGGCCCGUGGAGUAUUGCCCGGAGAAUUCAUGUGAUCCUCGAGCUGCGAUUUCUGGUGCUCUGAAUGGUAAUGGGAACUGGAUGGGGGGUAUAUUUGAUAAAGACAGCUUUGUUGAGACGCUAGAAGGCUGGGCAAGGACGGUGGUUACUGGAAGGGCGAAGCUUGGAGGAAUCCCUGUGGGAAUUGUUGCUGUUGAGACACAGACUGUGAUGCAAAUUAUCCCUGCUGAUCCAGGCCAGCUUGAUUCCCAUGAGAGGGUUGUUCCUCAGGCUGGACAAGUAUGGUUUCCUGAUUCUGCUACUAAGACUGCCCAAGCAUUAUUAGAUUUCAACAGAGAAGGACUCCCACUUUUCAUUCUUGCCAACUGGAGAGGCUUUUCUGGUGGGCAGAGAGACCUUUUUGAAGGGAUUCUUCAGGCUGGAUCAACCAUUGUGGAGAACCUUAGGACUUACAAACAGCCUGUUUUUGUAUUCAUCCCGAUGAUGGGGGAGCUACGUGGUGGAGCAUGGGUGGUUGUUGAUAGCCGGAUAAAUCCAGACCAUAUUGAAAUGUAUGCUGAUCGAACGGCUAGAGGAAAUGUGCUUGAGCCAGAGGGGAUGAUCGAGAUCAAGUUUAGGAACAAGGAAUUGCUGGAGUGCAUGGGCAGGCUUGAUCAACAGCUGAUCCAACUAAAGACUCAGCUUCAGGAAGCCAGGAGCUGUGAGGCAAAUGAAAAGGUUGAGUCCCUACAGUUUCAAAUACGAUCCCGCGAAAAACAGCUUUUGCCUGUCUACACUCAGAUAGCUACCAAGUUUGCAGAACUUCAUGAUACUUCUCUGAGGAUGGCUGCAAAAGGGGUAAUCAGAGGAGUUCUGGAAUGGGCCAGCUCUCGAUCUUUCUUCUACAAGAGAUUGCGUCGGAGAAUUGCCGAUGAGUCACUCAUCAAGAUAGUGAGAGAUGCUGCUGGUGAACAGCUGUCACAUAAAUCUGCUAUGGAUUUGAUCAAGAACUGGUUUUUGAGUUCUGAUGUUUCAAGAGGCAAAGAAGAUGCUUGGGAGGAUGAUGAAACUUUCUUUAGAUGGAAGGAUGAUCAAACAAAUUAUGAGGGCAAGCUAAAAGAACUUCGGGUCCAGAAGGUAUUGCUUCAAUUGGCAACCAUUGGCAACUCAGCUUCUGAUUUGCAAGCCCUACCCCAAGGUCUUGCCGCCCUUCUAAGCAAGGUUGAGCCAUCAAGCCGAUCAUUGUUGGUUGAGGAACUCCGGAAGGUGCUUGGGUGAUGGGAACGUUGGUUCUUCAUGUGCGACCACAGUCCCACGAAUUUGUUGUGCUUGUAUGUGCCUGAAUCAUAGUUUUAUCGACACGUAGGUGCAUUUCUUAUUUGAUCUUAGCAGAUAUAAGAACACAGUGACUGCUUUCAUAUCAGACACAUCAAUGAUUUAGUUGGCUGAUAGAGAAGCUUCAUUGUAUAUUGAGGCAGAGGGUGUUAGUGAGUAGACUUGUUCUACAUUGUAAAUUUUGUUAGUCACAACCACAAGUAAAAGUAUAAGGGGAAUAGAUAGCUUCAAUAGUAAAACAACCAGCAUUUGCAGGCUCUGUGUCAUUAUUUUCCUACAUGGCUCAUUGAUGCUUGAAAAUAAAGUUAUGAUAUAGUCUGUAAUAUCCUGUAAGAAUUGUUCAUUAUUCAGUUUAUAAUUACAUAUUCAUUUUGC